AUAAAGCUCCAUAUGAAUUGCUUGAUUUUCUUUAUCUUUUUGCUAAUUGAAAUCGUUUGUUAAGUUUUGACAUACAUAUGUUAACUCUAAAGUUUUAUAUCUCAUUUGCAGCCCACUUAUAUCCUUCAAUUCUCUGGUGUAACCGUUGGAAAUCCUGGACCAGCUGGUGCAGGAGUUAUACUGCUUGCUGAAGAUAGGACUGUGCUUGGUCAAUUCCGCGAGGGACUGGGACAUCAAACAGUUAAUGUUGCUGAGUUUCGCGCAUUAAUCUUAGGAAUGAAACAAGCGAUAAGGUUAGGAUAUAAGAACAUCAAAGCUGAAGGAGACUCCCGACUUGUUAUCAAUCAGUUUCAGGGACACUGGACAAUCGGUGAAGAAGAUAUAAAGGCGCUGCGUGAAGAGGCUGUGGAGUUGAAGGCUAACUUUCAUUCAUUCCGCGCCCUACACAUUCCUGAGACUCAUAACAGUGCAGCUGCUUCUCAAGCAUGCAAGGCUAUUAAUCUCAAAGAUGGUGUUGUUGAAGAAGGUAAUCAAGUUGAAGAUAAUAAUCAAGUUGAAGAUGAUAGUCAUGAUGAAGAAGAUAAUCUUGGUUAAUGAUCAUCUGACAGUGUGUGCCAUUCUCAAAAACUAUUGGCAAUUAUGUUACAUUUCAUGUUGAAGUUUUCCCUAACAAUUUAGCAUUGUGGGAGUUUUACAUAUAACACUUGGUAUCAAAAGUUGAAUGUUGCUUACAAUACUGCAAAAGUUGAACAUACUUCCAUGAGUAGAUGUCCACCAUUAUAGCAGUUUAUAUGGACAUGAAAAUACUGCUGUGAUGGUUGGAUUAUGCAUAUUUUGGAAUUUCUGUUUUCUAUAUUCAUUUGAAAAAAUCUUGUUAUGUGAUUAUCACAUUGAGUAUGAUUCAAGGUGAUUGAUGCUAUG